UUACCUAAACUAAUUUAAUUAAUAUAAAUUUUUAAAAAAUUGUGUAAAAUAAUAUUAAUAAAUAAAAAUAAUGGAUUUAGCUGAUUUACAAGUUCGUCAAAACCGGGUUAAGGAUGACAUUGGAGUACAGUGUCAGAAAUUAUUUCAAACAUUUCUUGAAGAAUUUAAAGAAGAUGAUGAAGUUAAAUAUCUGGAAGCGGCUAAGGAACUCGUGAGUCCUGAGAGGAGCACAUUGGUGGUGUCGUUUGAAGAUAUUGAAAAGUAUAAUCAAGUUUUGGCGACGACUAUUAUUGAAGAGUAUUACAGAAUUUACCCAUUUUUAUGUCAAGCCGUUUGCAAUUAUGUAAAAGAUACCGGCGAGCUUCGAAAAGAAAAAGAAUGUUACGUCAGCUUGGUCGAUGUACCAACCAGACACAGGCUCCGUGAACUGACGACGUCUAAAAUCGGGACGUUGAUCAGGAUCUCCGGUCAGGUUGUCAGAACACAUCCAGUGCAUCCUGAAUUGAUUCUUGGGACAUUUGUUUGCGUUGACUGCAACGCUGUCAUCAAGAAUGUCGAACAGCAGUUCAAGUUUACUAACCCAACAAUUUGCCACAACCCAGUAUGCUCCAACAGACGCAGAUUCGUAUUGGACAUCGACAACUCUGUGUUCGUAGACUUUCAGAAGAUCAGAAUUCAGGAGACGCAGUCAGAGUUGCCCAGAGGAUGUAUACCCAGGUCGCUGGAAGUUGUCUUGAGAGCUGAAACCGUCGAAACUGUUCAGGCUGGUGACAGGUACGACUUCACCGGGACACUGAUCGUCGUUCCAGAUGUGGGACAGCUGAAUCUCCCCGGGGCGAAAGCAGAAAUAGGCUCCCGCCACAAGGCUGGUGACCAAGGCGAAGGUCUCCGAGGUCUUAAAUCCCUGGGAGUCCGAGAUCUGAAUUACAAACUAGCAUUUCUAGCAUGCAGCGUCUCUGCAACCAGUCUUCGGUUCGGCGGCACUGAAAUGGCCAUGGAGGACAUUUCUCCAGAAAUGAUGAAGCGUCAGAUGACCGAAACCGAGUGGAACAAAGUCUACGAAAUGUCCCGAGACAAGAAUUUAUACCAAAACUUAAUGUCAUCCCUAUUCCCAUCAAUUCACGGCAACGACGAAGUAAAAAAAGGCGUUACCCUGAUGCUCUUCGGUGGAGUCGCGAAGACAACCUUGGAAGGAACGACCCUUCGUGGUGACAUAAACUGCUGCAUCGUCGGAGACCCUAGUACCGCAAAAUCCCAGCUUCUGAAGCAAGUAACCGACAUUUCUCCCCGAGCUGUCUACACUUCUGGAAAAGCCUCCAGUGCAGCUGGUCUCACCGCUGCAGUAGUCCGGGACGAAGAAUCUGCUGAUUUCGUGAUUGAGGCAGGAGCCCUGAUGCUUGCGGACAAUGGGAUCUGCUGCAUCGACGAGUUCGACAAGAUGGACCCCAAGGACCAGGUGGCGAUCCACGAAGCCAUGGAGCAGCAGACCAUCUCAAUCGCUAAGGCUGGAGUUCGCGCCACCUUGAACGCCCGGACUUCAAUUUUGGCUGCUGCUAACCCCAUUGGAGGCCGCUACGAUCGCUCCAAGUCUCUGCAACAGAACGUCCAGCUGACUGCUCCGAUCAUGUCGAGGUUUGACCUGUUCUUCAUUUUAGUCGACGAGUGCAACGAGAUUGUCGACAACGCAAUUGCCAAGAAAAUCGUUGACCUUCAUAGCAACAACGUCGUCACCAUAGACACGAUCUACACUCAGGCGGAGAUCAUCAGGUACAUCAAUUUUGCAAAGCACUUCAAGCCAACCUUGACAGUAGAAGCCGCUGAGCUACUGGUUGAAAGUUACACGACGCUCCGCCAGAGGGAGGGAGUUGGAAGUUCUAAAUCAACAUGGCGCAUCACAGUCCGUCAGCUGGAGAGCUUGGUUCGUCUUUCCGAGGCGCUGGCUAAGCUUGAGUGCGCUGAUAAAGUCACGGUUAAACAUGUCCAGGAGGCGAGGAGGCUGCUCAGCAAAAGUAUUGUUAGGGUAGAGCAGCCUGACAUUGAUCUGGAUGAAGAUACUCCCGAAGAAGGCAUGGAUCUUGAUGAAGCUCCUCCGCUUAUGGAAGCUCUCAAUGAAAUGGACGCUCAACAAAAUGGUGGAGACCACACUCAAAAUGGCGAACACACUCAAAAUGGCGGAGAGCCCAAGAAGAAACUUACUAUGUCGUUUGAGGAGUAUAAGAAUCUGUCCAAUAUGUUGGUUCUUCAUAUGAGGAAUGAGGAAGAAAGCUCGGAGGUUGAAGGAAAAGAAGGCAUUAGGAAGACUGAAUUGGUCGCUUGGUAUCUUGAUAAGAUUCAAGAUCAGAUUGACUCGGAGGAAGAGCUGCUUGAAAGGAAGUCUUUGGUUGAAAAGAUUAUUGAUAGACUUAUUUAUCAUGAUCAGAUUAUUAUUCCGCUGACUACUGGAUCCCUGGGAGGUCAAGAUGAAGAGGAAGAUCCUAUGCUGGUUGUUCAUCCUAAUUAUGUUGUAGAUGCGUAGAUUAAUAAAUGAGUUUGUGUAUAUUUUAA